AUGCCUUCCACGCAAAAGCCGAUGCGGUACGGCCAUACCGAGGGCCACACGGAUGUCUGCUUCGAUGACACUGGGAGCUGCAUUGUAACUUGUGGGAGUGAUGGAGAUGUGAGGAUUUGGGAAAACCUGGACGAUGAUGAUCCCAAGUCCAUUAAUGUGGGAGAAAAGGCCUAUUCUUGCGCUCUAAAGAAUGGCAGACUGAUCACGGCAGUAUCGAACAAUACUGUUCAGAUACAUACAUUUCCUGAAGGAGCUCCAGAUGGCAUCCUUACUCGUUUCACCACGAAUGCAAACCACGUUGUCUUUAACAGCAACGGUACCAAAGUUGCUGCUGGAUCAAGUGACUUUAUGGUCAAAGUUGUGGAGGUGGCGGAUAGCAGCAAGCAGAAGACAUUCCGAGGACAUGAUGCUCCUGUUUUAAGCCUGUCUUUUGACCCUAAAGAUGUUUACCUGGCAUCAGCAAGCUGUGAUGGUUCUGUCAGAGUAUGGAAAAUGGCAGAUCAGACAUGCACGACAAGCUGGCCACUGCUGCAGAAAUGUAAUGAUGUGAUAAAUGCUAAAUCAAUAUGCAGGCUUGGCUGGCAACCUGGCAGCGGGAAGUUGCUGGCAAUUCCUGUUGAUAAAGUUGUUAAGCUUUACAGAAGAGAAACUUGGGAGAGUCAGUUCGAUCUGUCAGAUACAUUCAUCACACAGUCCUUGAAUGUUGUGGCCUGGUCUCCUUGUGGGCAGUACUUGGCAGCUGGAAGUGUGGAUGGGAGUAUAGUGGUGUGGAAUAUGGAAACCCAGGAAUGCAUAGAGAGGAUGAAGCAUGAGAAAAACUACUCAAUUUGUGGACUGGCAUGGCACCCCAAAUACAAGCAAAUUGCUUAUACAGAUACUGAAGGAAAUCUGGGGUUGUUGGAAAAUGUCGGUGAUGGAAAGAAACCAAAUGACAAGGUUGCCAGUGCAGUGACAAAAGAUUACAAUGAUCUCUUUGAUGGAGAAGAUGACGACUAUUUAAAUGGAGAUGUGAUUGAACCACAGUCUUCCCCGACAGCUGGAGCUAAUGAAGAUGAUGGUGACGAUGAUGACCUUGUGCUGACUUCAGGCCAUCUGAGACGGGCAAUAAUUGAUGAUGAUGAUAACUCGCUAGAUAUUGGGCUGAUAAAAGCUAGUUCCAGUCUUCUUGAAAAGGACGUCGAUGAUGAUGAUGAUCACACUGGUGGCUUUCCAGCUUUACCACCGUCAUCUACACAGCAGCCUUUCUACGAUGGGCCAAGGCCAACCCCCAGGCAAAAGCCGUUCCAGUCAGGCUCCACUCCUGCACAUCUCAUGCAUCGUUUCAUGGUAUGGAAUUCUGUUGGUAUCAUUCGCUGUUACAAUGAUGAGCAAGACAACGCUAUAGAUAUAGAAUUUCAUGAUACCUCCAUACAUCAUGCAACGCACCUGCCAAACUCUCUGAACCACACGAUGGCCGACCUCUCUACUGAAGCUGUUUUACUUGCCUGUGAGAGUACAGAGGAAUUUGCAAGCAAGCUCCACUGCAUUCAUUUUAGCUCAUGUGAUGCAAACAAGGAGUGGACAGUGGAUAUGCCAAAGGAUGAGGACAUUGAAGCCAUCUGUCUUGGCCAAGGCUGGGCUGCUUGUGCCACCAGUGCCCUGUUGGUUCGUGUCUUUACAGUGGGGGGAGUUCAGAAAGAGAUCUUCAGUUUUCCAGGUCCCGUGGUGUCUAUGGCAGGACAUGGAGAGCAGUUGAUAAUUAUUUAUCACAGAGGUACUGGCUUUGAUGGGGAUCAGUGCCUCGGAGUACAGCUGAUGGAGCUAGGAAAAAAGAAAAAACAAAUUUUGCAUGGAGACCCUCUUUCUCUUACGAAGAAAUCCUAUUUGGUAUGGGUUGGAUUCUCUGCAGAAGGUACAAAUACCUGCAUGAGUGACGCUGAGAAAUCUUGACUGAAAAUCUUGGGGGGAAUUUUGGAGGAGAAUCUGGCUAAUUAA